GCGCUUCCUCCCCCAUCUCUCUCGGAUCCCAGCACUGUCAUUCACUCAGCUUUCAGUUUAACACCAAAAAGAACAACAGCCGAGCUUGUCUUUCUUCCUCACACUUUUCGCACCCUUUUGGUCGAAGGAGGUCCAAAACGAAGCGCCCACACAAGGCAAAGCGAAUUAUUUGCCAGGAAAGAAGUCGAAACUGUUGCGUUAGUGCUGAGCGUUAGCCUGCGCUGCUUACAUUUCCUCUUCUCCUUCAGCUGCUGGAUUGACGAAGAAGAAGCGUCCAUAGCUUUCGACUUCAUCGCUCGCGUGUGGGUGUUUGAGAGCGUCAAUGUAGGACGUUUUCUGUUUUGUUUUGAGCUCGAGCUUUAUGUGUGUAAACGCCUAGCUUGUUGACCGGUGGACUGAAGUUUAGUUUCCAGCGCACGCGCCCGAGUAGCUGCCACAGUGCUGCGUUGUGAGCGCGUGUUGCGCGUUGUAACAUUACACGAAGACUCGUUUUUUUAUUAUCACUAUCAUUUUAUUUACACGCUUACCUAUUGCAUGAGGUGCUUUUAGAGCAAAGCGGACUGCUUGUGUGUUCCUCGCGCCACCACCGUGCGGACAGAAGAGGCACAUUACGCCUCUCGUGCACACUCGAGGAGGAGGAAAAGACUGCGAAUUUUGACGGGAUUUUAAAAAAGUCCGAGCCACUUUCAUGUACUGAAAACACCUAGAGGAAGGUCAGGCCCAGGAGUGCUGCUUUAAUUCUGCGGUUGCCCCCAACGAAACAAACACCCAGGCUAUAAAAAGCCAAUGCUUCAGCCACUGCAGGACAAAAGUGCAGAGUUUAUUUUAUUGGAAACCAUAGAGGAGUGCACGUGAUGGGGCAGGUAGACGCAUGCGCAAGAGAAGAUGAGAGUUCAGUAGCCUAACACAACCAGACGUAUGAUACUCUAAGCUGAAGUGAACCUGCAUUUAAAAGAUGUGGUAACAUGCUCGCCGUGGACAGACGUUCUCUUCAGAGAUCCUUCCUCUAAUGGUUCUCUUCCAUUGUCCUGCAAGACGUCAGCAGUGUUCUUCCUUCAGAACUUGAAAACUCGUCAGAAAGCUGCCAAUUGUUUAAAGCAUUCCUGUUAAGUGAAGUCUUACAUUUUUCAACUGGUCUACUCAAAGUGUCAGAACGCCAGCCAGAGACAGAAAACAUGGCUAACAACACUGCAGACCACCCACCUGGGAACUCUGUGGCUGAAGGCAAUCAUGAUGGGGACUUUGGCUGCACGUUGAUGGAUCUCCGGGAACUAAUGGAGCUCAGGAGCGCAGAGGCGGUCAACAAGAUCAGAGACUCUUAUGGAGAUGUGCAGGGGAUCUGUCACAGGCUGAAAACUUCUCCUAUUGAAGGCCUCUCUGGAAACCCGGCAGACUUGGAAAAGCGCCACACGGCCUUCGGACGAAACUUCAUCCCUCCUAAAAAGCCCAAGACCUUCUUGCAGCUGGUGUGGGAGGCAUUGCAGGACGUCACACUCAUCAUCUUGGAGAUAGCUGCCAUCAUUUCUUUGGGCCUGUCCUUCUACCACCCACAAGGCGAUGACAGUUCUGCUUGUGGCCAGGCUGCUGGUGGUGUGGAGGAUGAAGGUGAAGCCCAGGCGGGUUGGAUUGAGGGCGCUGCUAUCUUGUUUUCGGUGAUCAUUGUGGUGUUGGUGACGGCAUUUAAUGACUGGAGCAAAGAGAAGCAGUUCCGUGGGCUGCAGAGUCGUAUCGAACAGGAGCAGAAGUUCACAGUCAUCCGCAAGGGUCAAGUAAUCCAGAUCCCUGUGGCUGAGAUCGUGGUGGGAGAUAUCGCGCAGAUCAAAUACGGUGACCUCCUUCCUGCGGAUGGGAUUCUGAUCCAAGGCAAUGACCUGAAGAUUGAUGAGAGCUCCCUGACUGGGGAGUCAGAUCAAGUAAAGAAGUCUCUUGAGAAAGACCCAAUGCUGUUGUCUGGAACUCAUGUCAUGGAGGGAUCUGGGAGGAUGGUUGUUACUGCCAUUGGCUUGAACUCCCAGACCGGAAUCAUUUUCACUCUACUUGGAGCUGGCGAUGAAGUGGAGGAGAAGAAGGUCAAGAAAGGUAAAAAACAAGGAGCCCCUGAAAAUCGCAACAAAGCCAAGACCCAGGAUGGCGUCGCUCUGGAGAUCCAACCUCUGAAGAGUGAGGAGGGAGCUGAAUGCGAGGAGAAAGAGGAGAAAGAAGUGAAGAAGGUCAAUGUCACCAAGAAGGAGAAGUCCGUACUGCAGGGCAAGCUGACCAGAUUGGCUGUGCAGAUUGGAAAAGCAGGUCUCAUCAUGUCUUCCGUGACAGUCAUCAUCCUCAUCUUAUACUUUGUGAUCGAUACAUUCGGGGUGCAGGGGCGAGAGUGGAAAGCCGAGUGCACACCCAUCUACAUUCAAUACUUUGUCAAGUUCUUCAUCAUUGGCGUGACUGUCCUGGUAGUCGCUGUUCCUGAAGGGCUUCCGCUUGCUGUAACCAUUUCACUCGCCUACUCAGUCAAGAAAAUGAUGAAAGACAACAACCUGGUGAGGCACCUGGAUGCCUGCGAGACCAUGGGCAAUGCCACAGCCAUCUGUUCUGACAAGACUGGCACACUUACCAUGAACCGCAUGACCGUGGUGCAGGCCUACAUAGGUGACACGCACUACAAGAAGGUUCCAGAACCUGAGGCUAUCAAACCUGAGACUCUGGAGCUCAUGGUUAACAGCAUCUCCAUCAACUCAGCCUACACCACCAAGAUCCUGUCACCAGAGCAGGAAGGUGGUCUACCAAGGCACGUGGGUAAUAAGACUGAAUGCGCCCUCCUGGGACUGGUUCUGGAGCUGAAGAGAGAUUACCAGCCCAUCCGCGACGAGAUUCCUGAGGAGAACCUCUACAAGGUCUACACCUUCAAUUCGUCUCGCAAAAGCAUGAGCACCGUACUGAAAAAUGCAGACGGCUCAGGAUUCCGCAUGUACAGCAAAGGCGCCUCUGAGAUCAUCCUCCGCAAGUGUGCCUACAUUCUGGAUGCUGCAGGUCAGCCUCGGGUCUUCAAGCCCAAGGACCGGGAUGAGAUGGUGCGGAAAGUGAUCGAACCCAUGGCCUGUGAAGGCUUGAGGACCAUUUGCAUAGCUACAAGGGAAUUCACGGGCGAGGAGCCGAACUGGGACAACGAGGCUGAUAUUCUGUCAGACCUUACCUGCAUCUGUGUGGUGGGCAUCGAAGACCCUGUCCGUCAUGAGGUUCCCGAGGCCAUUUCUAAGUGCCAGAGAGCAGGCAUUACCGUGCGCAUGGUUACUGGUGACAAUAUCAACACUGCCCGUGCCAUUGCUACCAAAUGUGGCAUCCUACAGCCUGGAGAAGACUUUCUGUGCCUGGAAGGCAAAGAGUUUAACCAAGAAAUCCGCAACGAAAAGGGAGAGGUGGAGCAAGAUCGCCUCGAUAAAGUCUGGCCCAAACUACGUGUACUUGCCCGUUCUUCUCCAACAGACAAGCACACUCUGGUCAAAGGCAUCAUUGACAGCACAGUGGGAGGAACCAGACAGGUGGUGGCAGUGACGGGUGACGGAACCAAUGAUGGACCUGCUCUCAAAAAGGCUGAUGUCGGCUUUGCUAUGGGUAUUGCUGGAACUGACGUUGCUAAGGAAGCUUCCGACAUCAUCCUGACUGAUGACAACUUCACCAGCAUCGUAAAGGCUGUGAUGUGGGGCCGUAAUGUCUAUGACAGCAUUUCCAAGUUCCUGCAGUUUCAGCUUACGGUCAACGUAGUGGCUGUCAUCGUGGCUUUCACAGGCGCCUGCAUUACACAGGACUCUCCACUAAAAGCAGUGCAGAUGCUCUGGGUCAAUCUGAUCAUGGACACACUGGCCUCUCUGGCUCUGGCCACUGAACCGCCCACCGAGGCCCUGCUGCUGCGCAGACCCUAUGGCCGAAACAAGCCACUCAUCUCCAGAACCAUGAUGAAGAACAUUCUGGGCCAUGCCGUCUACCAGCUGUCUGUCACCUUCACCUUGCUCUUUGCUGGAGAGAAGUUCUUCAACAUUGACAGUGGUCGCAAUUCCCCCCUCCACGCACCCCCAUCUGAACACUACACCAUCAUCUUCAACGUCUUCGUCAUGAUGCAGCUCUUCAAUGAGAUUAAUGCUCGCAAGAUCCACGGAGAGAGGAACGUCUUCGAAGGUAUCCACAGGAACCCCAUCUUCUGCAGUGUCGUCCUGGGAACCUUCGUUUUGCAGAUCAUCAUUGUGCAACUCGGAGGGAAGCCUUUCUCAUGCACAGCUCUCACCCUGGAUCAGUGGCUCUGGUGUAUUUUCAUUGGUGUGGGUGAACUGCUUUGGGGCCAGUUCAUCUCCGCCAUCCCCACACACCGGCUCAAGUUCCUGAUGACGGUUGGUCACGGCAGCACCAAGGAGGAGAUGCAGAAGGAGGAGCAGAAAGAGGACGUGGAUGAGAUAGACCACGCUGAGAUGGAGUUGCGCCGCGGUCAGAUCCUCUGGUUCCGAGGGCUGAACCGCAUCCAGACUCAGAUUAAGGUGGUGAACGCUUUCCGCAGCUCACUGUACUCGGGCCUCGAGUCCAACAGCUCCAUCCACAGCUUCAUGGUCCACCCUGAGUUCAUGCCGCGUGCCGAGGAGGAGGAGCAUGUGCCCACGAUAGAGGAGAACAGCACCGAGAUCGAGCCGCUGCCUUCCUCCUCCGCGUCCUCCUCCUCCGCCUCCCCCAGGAAAAGUGGAGGUGGAGGCGGAGAACCCCCGGACAGCUCCAUCCACGGCCGCAAGUCCUCCAUUUGACCAUCUUUUCCACCCUGCAUCAGUCCCAAUCCUGUCCUCCUGCAAGAUCCUCCCUGAAAAACACCUCAUCCAUCAUGCAGCAUCCUCCUAUGGAGCCAUUUUCUCCCUGGGCUUCUCCUCCACUCUCGGCGUGGCGUCUGCGCUCUGACAGCACGCAUGGCACAGUCUAACUCGCCCACACGAGGGCAGCUCGGAGGCUGCAGCCUUUCCUUCACUAACACUGUAUCCUUGUUUCUUCUUUUUUCCGCUGUCUGAUUUGAACGUCAUGUUUCCUAGGACUUUUUUUUUUUCACCAAUUCAGUGACUUUUACCCUUUCAGAUUUACAACUUGAAAUGUGCAUUUAUGUUCCUACAUGGUUUUAUUCCUUUUUUGCAUUUUAUGGUGAUUUGAAACACAAGCGAUGUACAUCACUGUCUGUAGUCUUUUUUUUUUUUUUUUUUUUUUUUUUAAUUUUCGUUUUGUCCAUUUUAUUCCCCAAAACUGCUGUCUAUCAAUGUCUUCAGGAGUCCACACACACUACAUUUUCUUUUUCCAAAUACAUUGACUGUUUGAAUUAAGGUCAUCCUUGGUUGUCUUUGUUUAUUUGAUCAUGUUUUGGGUUCUGUAUGCACAGACCUAAGGCUGCUAUGCUGAAAGUAGAGUGAAAGAAAGCGUGUGUGAUUUCACCAAGAUGGGACGAGUGGGCCAUGCAACUCAUCAUGUCAGUCUCAUAAGUCAGAUUUUUAAAAAAUUAAAUAAAAAUCCCCAAAUUAGCAGAAUCACUUCUUUACUCAAGUUAGAGGAUGUAAAAUGGAACUUUCUCCACUUUGUGUUUAACAUGACUCAUGAUUGAGAGUUUGUUUGGUGAUCACCCGUUUGUGUGCGUGAGCGCAGGUUUCUGCAGUUAGAGUCGAUUUUCAUCUUAGAUUCGGGUCUUCUUUUUGCCGUUCCAUGUUAGACUCUACCCAAUAUUGUGCUGAUCAGUUGCAGAAGACAUUAUGAGGGUCCGAGCAGUUCCAACGCUCCACCUCCAAAGGGAAAACAAAUAAUAAAACAGCAUAAAAUGAAUGCAUAAUAACUACGUGUAUUAUGCAACCCGAAGCCUCUGUUCGAGCCCUAUGAACGGCCUGUUAGCUGUGCAGAAAAUCCUGCCAACUUCUGGCCAUGUGCUUCUAAAUCCCAAAUCAUAGUACUGCCAUAUUUUUCAUCCUGACUUCAUACCUAGCUAGGUUAGACAGGAUCCUCAAUAUCCUUUUUCUACUUGCUAAGAGCCAUAUUUUAUAGGUUGUUCUUUUAUAAUCCCAUUUUUGCUUUCCUUCUUUGCUUUUAAAAUCAGUCACUGCCUAAAAGAGAGACGACGGACCACUUUAAUAUUACAUGAACAAACUCUACAGUUUAGUCAAAGCCGUACUUCCCCCUACUGGCAAUUAUUUUAAAAAAUUAAAAAAUUUUUGCUUAUUUCCCAAAGUGAUGUAUUACUACAGUGAAAUGUGUAAAUUUCAUAUAAACGUUGAUGUUCUGUUCUGUUUUUUACAACUGUUCUGUAUUUUUAUAUUAAGUACUUUUUAAUAUUUUGGAAAUCUAUAAAUUAAAAGUGUAUAGGCUUGGAGCAUUUGGUGACGUAACAAAUUAAGCAAAGCAGGCAGUAGAGUACAUUGUUUUGCAGAUAUACUUAUGCCACGUUUAAUAGGAAAUGCUUUGGCCAAGGAGAGAAGAGAGCAUGACGUGUUUACUUUUAAUCUAGCGAGAUUCAGUUUAAAUGCCGUUGGGUGUAGGUGCAUUGGGAAAACUAAAGCCUGUAGUUUAUCUAACAUAUUGGCUACUAUAAAUGUUACACGGACAUUUGCAUUGACGUUACUAGUUCUAAAAGGAAUUUUCUGUUAAUUAAAUAUGAAUUGAAAUGCAUAUGCAUAUUUUCAUCAUGUACAACCACACUAUGUUCAUUGGCAUGGUAUUAUGGCAUAAUUUAUUUUAUUAUUAUUAUUUUUUAAUAUACUGUGUCACCAUGGGCUGUUUUGUUUCAUGGUUUCGUGACAGUAAACUCAUGUGUGUGCCCAGAUAUAACUUGUCUAAAGGACAUUUUUUGCUCAAUUCAUGAACAUCUAGUGCACCCUGUACUGCGUUCAGUGUAGUGUUGAAAUCAAAAGCUUGUUCUACAGUCAAAGAAAGUUCUGCCAAAGUGUUGUUUUGUACAAUCAUUACUUAUUAUUAUUCAAGUCCCGACAUAAAUGUGAUAUGUUGUUGAAAUGACACUACUUUGUUUCCGCACAUCUGUCCUAAAGAUGUCCUGAAUGAAUAUUUGUGAACCUAACUUUGUCCUUUUAUCCAUCUCAUUACAUCAUCUUAUCCCUGGACAUUUUGCUGUACAUGGAUGUUAAUCAACAGCAGUUUCAAUUUCGACAUUUUCAACCGAUUUUGCUCUCCAGGACAAUUUGUUAUUGCACCGGUCUGUCAUUUUUGCUGAAGUGCAAAAAAUAAGAUGGCAUGCAGUAGCUGAUUCGACUGCGUGGCUAGUCUACUGAGAUUCUCUGAUGGCUCUUCUUUUGGGUUUGAGGUUUAGGAGUGAUACACCACAGCUGUAAAUAAAAGAUUGCAAUUUUAACCUGGAAUUAGUCACAACCGCCUAUUUUCCAUAACUUGGACAACUGAGAUCCUGAGUUCACUCAAAAGUGUAUUCGAUUGUGAAAAGGCUUAAAAAAAAAAAAAAAAAAAGGAAAGAAAGAAACCAAUUUCUUUAAUUCAUAUGAAUACGAUAAUAAGCACUGGUGUUAUUUUUGUAUAAACCUAAUAUCAUCUAUGUGGCAUGCAUGACUUAUAAACAAAUUGGUGGUUCAAAGCAAUAUGUACAACCUGGUGUGAGUGGUAUUUCUAGUGUCCUGUGUUGCUUAAAAGAAAACUCUUAACUGUUCAAUAUAUGUGUUCAGUGUUUCUGCAUGAUUAAGAAUGGAAUGAGACAUCCCCAAAACCUGUACUCGUCCUCCAGCUGAAUGCUGCACGUGGCACGCACGCGCACACCUCACUUUAAUUAACAUAGCAGAAGAAACACACACUGACAUGAUGCUGUCUUAGGAAAAAUUGACAUUGAUCGCUCUGUUUUUAGACAAUAUGAUUAUAUAUGUGUGAUUCAGGUUUGGAAGUUUGUCCACUUUAAAAACCCUCAAGUGCUCAUCCCUAGGCUUGGAUUGUACUUUUAUCAGUUGGGUAAAAUGGGCUACUGAAUAAAAUGUAAUUCCACAAUCACUAAUAAUAUGAGCUGUGGAAUGGACUUUUUAUGCCAAGCAUGAUCACUUUUACGCCACAUUCUGCUCUAUAAAUCACUUUUGUGUCAUUUCCAUUACUGUCAUGCAGUUAGUCAUCCAUGCUUUACAGCUUUGACUUCAUGUCACCUACUUGUAAAAGAAGCAGCUUUUCUCCACUGCAUGA